AUGGCUUCCCCAACCCAAGAACAUAAGCAAAUGCAAGAAGAGAAGAGGAGAGAACUCGAUGACAAGGAGGAGACCAUCCCAAAAGCUUUGCCAUUUCUUAAGCUCUUGAGCUAUGCGGAUGCUUUGGAUUGGACUCUGAUGGCCCUAGGGACCUUGGGUUCCAUCGUCCACGGCAUGGCUCAACCUAUUGGAUAUCUGCUGCUCGGCAGAGCACUCAAUGCGUUUGGAGACAGCAUUAAUGGGGACCAUGAAGUCGACAUAAAUGCCAUGGUUGAAGGCCUCAAAAAGGUCGUUCCAUUUGUGUGGUACAUGGCCUUCGCCACAUUUCCAGCUGGAAUACUUGAGGUUGGAUGCUGGAUGUAUGCAAGCGAAAGGCAGCUAGCACGCAUAAGAUUAGCGUUCCUAAGAUCAGUCCUAAACCAAGAGAUUGGGGCUUUUGAUACGGAUUUAACAAGUGGAAAAAUCAUUAAUGGAAUUGGCAUCCACAUGAGUGUCAUACAAGAUGCUAUCGGCGAGAAGUUGGGUCAUUUUCUGUCAAGCUUUGCAACGUUCUUUUCUGGAAUCCUCAUUGCUACUAUAUGCUGUUGGGAAGUGGCAUUGCUUACCUUCUUGGUUGUUCCAUUAAUUCUUGCCAUCGGAGCCACAUAUACAACGAAAAUGAACAAGAUUGCAGCUGCCAGAGUACUUUGCCAGUCAGAAGCCACGUUUAUUGUAGAACAAACAAUAUCUCAGAUUAAAACAGUAUACGCAUUUGUUGGAGAGAGAUGUUCAAUCAAGUCAUUCUCAGAGUGCAUGGAGAAACAGUUUUUAUUGAGCAAAGGAGAAGCAUUGAUAAAGGGCGUUGGAACAGGAAUGUUUCAAACUGUUAGCUUCUGUUCUUGGGCUCUUAUCAUAUGGGUUGGAGCCAUUUUAGUUACUGCCAAUAGGGCAAAGGGAGGGGAUAUUAUAGCUGCAGUGAUGAGCAUUCUCUUCGGGGCUAUAUCAAUGACAUAUGCUGCUCCAGAUUUGCAAAUCUUCAAUCAGGCAAAGGCUGCGGGAAAUGAAGUUUUCCAAGUGAUUCACAGAAAGCCAAUCAUAAGUUUCAAUUCACAAGGGAAGAUGCUUGAAAGGGUUGAUGGCAACAUUGACAUAUCUGACGUAUACUUUGCGUACCCUUCUCGUUGGGAGAAAUUGAUCCUUCAAGGUUUUUCAUUGUCGAUUCCAGCAGGAAAAACAGUUGCUUUAGUGGGUAGCAGUGGGUGCGGAAAGAGUACAAUCAUCUCUCUAGUUUCAAGAUUCUAUGAUCCUUCAAAAGGGGAGAUAUUCAUUGAUAAGCACAACAUAAAGGAUCUCGAUUUGAAGUUCCUCCGGAGAAACGUUGGAGUAGUUUCCCAAGAACCAUCACUUUUUGCUGGCACCAUCAAGGAUAAUAUGAAAGUGGGAAACAUUCAUGCGGAUGAUCAACAGAUUCAAAAUGCAGCGACGAUGGCAAAUGCGCACUCUUUUAUAUCGCAACUUCCAAAUAAGUACCUAACAGAGGUAGGACAAAGGGGAGUCCAGUUAUCAGGAGGACAGAAACAGAGAAUUGCAAUAGCAAGAGCCAUUCUAAAAGAUCCUCCGAUUAUUUUUCUUGAUGAAGCCACAAGUGCACUUGAUUCAGAGUCAGAAAUGCUAGUUCAAGAUGCCCUUGAGAAAGCCAUGCAGGGGAGGACAGUCAUCUUGAUCGCACACAGAAUGUCCACUAUAAUUAAUGCAGAUAUCAUUGCAGUUGUGGAGAAUGGACAAGUUACAGAUAAAGGAACACACCACGACUUGCUAGAUACUAAUAAAUUUUAUAACAACUUAUAUAAUACGCAGAACCUCAACCCAGUUCACGACUCAAGUGUCAGCAACACCAUUGAAGAAGCUGCAAAUAUCCAGCAUCAGAUUUCAUCUCAAUACAUUGAACAAAAGAAGGAACAUAGUGUGCCCAGCAAAUAUCUUGGCGACUCUCUAGAGCAAGAGGACCAGAGAGGAAGAACAAGUACAAGUCUGUUCUUCAGAAUCUGGUUUGGCUUGAAGAAAAUAGAGCUUGCAAAGAUUGUUAUUGGCUCCUUCGCUGCAGCUUUCUCUGGCAUCUCAAAGCCUGUUUUCGGAUUUUGUAUCAUAGCAAUUGGAGUAGCAUACUACGAGAAAGAUGCAGAGAGGGAAGUUGGAUGGUAUUCGAUUUUCUUUUCUUUGGUGGGAUUUCUUUCAUUGUUUAGUCACACCUUGCAACAUUAUUUCUUUGGCAUGGUUGGAGAAAAGGCCAAAAGAAACCUCACCCAAGCGCUAUAUUCAGGCAUUCUACGCAAUGAAAUAGCUUGGUUUGAGAAACCUGAGAACAGUAUUGGUUUACUUACUUCGCGGAUCAUUAAUGAUACCUCCAUGGUCAAAACCAUAAUUGCUGAUCGCAUGUCUGUUAUCGUACAAUGCAUCUCCUCCAUAUUGAUUGCAACAGUCGUCAGCAUGGUUGUAAGCUGGAGAAUGGGUUUAGUGGCUUGGGCUGUGAUGCCCUGCCACUUCAUUGGUGGACUGAUUCAAGCCAAGUCAGCUAAAGGAUUUUCAGGAGAUUCAGCUGUUGCAUAUAAUGAACUUGUCACCCUAGCUUCUGAAUCUACAACAAACAUAAGAACGAUAGCAUCCUUUUGCCAUGAGGAGCAAAUAAUGAAGAAAGCUGAAGCAUCUAUGGGAAUUUUAAAGAGGAAGAGCAGGAGAGAAAGUAUAAGAUACGGAAUCAUUCAAGGCUUCUCCCUUUGCUUAUGGAACAUCGCACAUGCUGUUGCAUUGUGGUACACGACAAUUUUGGUUGAUAGAAGGCAAGCCUCCUUUAAAGAUGCCAUAAGAUCAUACCAGAUUUUCUCUCUCACGGUACCUUCAAUCACAGAGUUGUGGACACUGAUCCCCAUAGUCAUCUCUGCCAUCAAUAUACUAACUCCUCCAUUCCAAACCCUUGAUCGAAAAACUGAAAUUGAACCAGAUACACCGGAACUAGCUCCUACAUCCCAAACCCUUAACCGAGAAACUGAAUUUGAACUAGAUAGACCUGAAAAUUCACAGCUUGGAAGGAUCAAGGGGAAAAUUGAAUUCCAAAAUGUCAUAUUUAACUACCCGUUAAGGCCAGAAGUGACUAUUCUCAACAACUUUAGUUUACAAAUUGAAGCUGGGUCAAAGGUGGCUCUUGUUGGGCCAAGUGGAGCUGGAAAGUCUUCUAUUUUGGCCCUUUUGCUAAGAUUUUAUGAUCCAAAGGAAGGAAUGAUACUCAUUGACGAGAAAGACAUAAAACAGUACAAUCUGAGAAGGCUAAGGACACAAAUAGGUGUAGUUCAACAAGAGCCACUUCUUUUUAAUUCCACAAUUAGAGACAAUAUAUGCUAUGGGACCAAUGAAGCUUCUGAAUCAGAACUUGUGGAGGUAUCGAUGGAAGCAAAUAUACAUGAAUUUAUAAGUAAUUUGCCUGACGGAUAUGAUACAAUUGUUGGGGAAAGGGGCUGCCAACUUUCAGGUGGACAAAAGCAAAGAAUAGCAAUUGCAAGAACGCUUCUAAAGAGACCUGUAAUUUUGCUCCUAGAUGAAGCGACAAGUGCCCUAGAUGCUGAGUCUGAAAGAACUGUAGUGAACGCUUUGGAAUCUCUAAAUCUAAGCAACAAUGGUGGCUUACGAUCAAGCACUACUAGGAUUACAGUUGCACAUAGGCUUUCCACAGUAUUGAACUCAGAUACCAUAGUCGUCAUGGAUAAAGGUGAAAUUGUGGAGAUGGGUACUCACGCAACCCUAAUAGCAUCAUCUGAAGGAAUUUAUUCAAGAUUAUUCCAGCUACAGAGUUUGGCAAAGAAUUAGU